CCAUAUCUCUUUCUAGUGACGAACAGGUGUACGAUCCGUGACCAACGCCGCGUACGCAUAGUUUUGUUGACCGAGAACUCUUUGCGUCGGAAAAAAAAAGAUGGCCCGGAUCGUCGCCGUGAAGGAGUAUCUCGAGAAGGCGUUGAAGGACGAGAGUAAGCCAUGGGUAAAAAUGUUCAUUUGCGCGGAACAGAAGAUCGGCGUCGAUCGACUUUACAUCUUUGUCGGCUCAUUGGUACUGCUGGCCUUAUACCUGGUAUUUGGAUUAGGACAACAGCUAGUAUGUAAUAUAGUUGGUUUUGUUUAUCCUGCGUACCAAUCUAUGAAGGCGCUGGAAAGCCCUAAGAAAGAGGAUGACACAAAGUGGCUCACUUAUUGGGUUGUUUUUGCUGUAUUUACUAUAGUAGAGUUCUUUUCUGAAUAUAUUGUCUGUUGGUUCCCUAUCUAUUGGCUGUUCAAGUGUAUAUUUUACAUAUGGUUGAUGGCACCAACCGAAUAUAAUGGUUCCUUGUUUCUGUAUCGACGUAUCAUCCGUCCAAAGUUUAUCCAGUAUCAGCCUGGAUUAGACAGACUUUUGUCCAAUGCACGUGACACAGCAGUCAAAACUGCAGCGGAAGCAUUGCUGACCAAUAAGCAAGAUUAACAGAGCUGCAAAUCAAAUAAAUAGAAAGCCCAUUUGUGUCUUUCCCUUUUUACUCAUUCCUAGCAGAGACAGUAUGAAUUUUGUGCUUUGCUGAAUAUUAUUGGGCGUUCUACAUUAUAAGAAAUGCAAAGUGUCGAACAUAAAUUUUGUGUUCUUAAAUAUAACAAGCGAUUGUUUAAAUGAUCAGGGAUAAAAUUUUAUCCAAAAUUGCGAAUAACAAAUAUCAAGCAUAGAAGAAUGAAACCUAACCUCACUCUGUGAAAUAAAUCAUUAAUUUAAAAGUAAAUCAUUACUGAAGUAGUUGAUGAUUUACUUUUCAGGGAGAGAUUUAUUUUUUGGUUCUUCUAUGACUUUAUAUUCACCAGCUAUUCGUAAGGAUAAUCUGAUUUUAGAAUUAUAAAGUAAUGUGGUUCAGGAAAGUUUCAGCAUAGUAUGGAAAUUGGCGUUUUGUUUUGCUCGAGCAUCGUCUAUAUAGCGGUUCAUCGAGUGAAAUUGAAAAUAAAAUUUGGAGUGUUCUUGUAUAGUAGGAUAGGAUAUCGCGUGUGUUUUUGCCAUUUACGUAAUAAUUGAUAAUAUACAUAUGUAAGUGUACUUUAUUCUUAGAGUGUUUCACCAACGAUUUCAAAUCCAAUUAUCUGCUUUAAUUGAUUCUUCGUUUUUUUUGUAAAUUAAUAUCGUGCGCGCGUUUGUUACCACGCUAAAUUUUCAGAUUUUUAUCAUAUAAAUCAAGCUACUUUAAAAAAAAAAAUCAAUUUUUAUGUAAUAUUUAUAAAAACUAUUUAUCUUUAAAAUAUAUUCAAGAUCUCAUGCUUGUUAUAUGUUUUUUAGAUUAUAUAAUAAGAUAGAUUUUAUAUAUGCUAAUGAAAUAUAGACUAAAAUUUUCGCUAUCUGUCAUGAGAAUCGAGCGCAUCAUAUGUAUAUAUAUAUAUAUAUAUAUAUAUAUAUAUAUAUAUAUAUAUAUAUAUAUAUAUAUAUAUGAUAGUGGUAACGAAUGUUUAGCACUACUUUAUGUAUAUUAAAGUUAAUCAUCAUGUGUAUCAAUAAUUGAUUCACUAUUUUAAAAUAUUUGCGAUAUCAUUAGAUAAAAUUCGAUGUUGGUGAAAUCAGCUUUUAGUAGAUAAGUUUCUACGCACAAUUGAUAAAGAGCGAAUGUUUAAUUAUUAAAAGAUGAUAGAAAUUUAAAGUAUUAAAUCGGAAAUGGUACAUAAUGGUGCGGGAAAAUGGUGCAUAAACAUUCACAAUAAAAAUUUAAUAAAAAGAUUUAUAUCAAACUUUUAAUAAAAAAUGUGGCCAUUUAAUUAUUACAUUCUCUAUUAUGGAGAGACAAGAGGUGAAACUUUUGCUGAAUUGAGUGAAGGAUCCUUUUAGUUUACGAGUUGUUAAUGAAAGUGAAAGCACAAUUAGCUUAAAUUUGUGCAUCAAAGUAAGUGAGUAAAGUUAUAUCAUACUGGCAUUCGAUUGUCUUCUAUAUACUCUCUUCUUCAUUAUAUAAUAAUAGUAUUCUAUGUACACAUUUUGGAACUUUAAAUUUGAAGUACAGAGACAAGUUUACGGUAUAUGUAUUGCUCAAAUACAAGUUAUUUCGAAUUAUUUAAUAGUUAAUGAUUAUGUAUAUCUGGCAAGAUCAGUGUUCCUCAAUUAUGAAUUGAAUAUCCAUAUUCUGUGAGAAACAGGAACAUUUUCUAUACCUUUCUUCAAUUACUCUUCAUACAGUGUUACCAAUUGUUGUCACAAGAAGAAUAUUAGGAUCUUUAAGCAAAAUUGUAAAUCUAGAAAUAUUGACGGAAAUUGUGCAUAAAUUGUCAUAUUGACAUGCAUCAAUAAAUAUCUUUUUAUUUUA